CCUCAGCGACGGCGUGCACACUGUGGAGUUCGAGCACGGCACCACCACGGGGAAGAGGGUCAUCCGCGUCGACGGCAAGGAGAUUCUCCGUCGAGAUUGGAUGUUCAAGCUCGUAGGACCGGAAGUGUUCCUCCUCGGCAAGUCCAACGCGCGCUGUGUCAUCAAGGUGGAGCCAGUGGGAGGAUUCAGCUACUCCUACGAGCUGGAGGUGAACGGCAAGAACUACCACAAGUUCAACGAGAACCAGGGGCGCGCCAUGAGGACCUGGCUCGCCACCCUGCCCAACGACGAGCAGUACCGCGUCGUGCUGGAAAAGGACACCCUGGACAUUUGGGCGAACGGCAAAAAACUGGAAGCCACCGGUGAAUUCGUAGACGACGGGACGGAGACCCACUUCACCCUGGGCAGCUGGCCCGCCCUCAUCAAGGCGGUCAGCAGCGGCAACAGGCGAGAGGGAAUCGUGCACAGCCUCAUCGUCAACGACAGGCUCAUCCCAGAGGCCUCGGACUGACUUCCCUUGUUACCUAAAAGCGUUUUCAUAAGCAGGCGGCGCCGAAAUCCAAUCCGGAUUUUCAAAUCGGUUCCCCAGAUGAGUCUUAUUGCUCAUAAAAUAAAUAUUGUUUGUGUUUUUUUCCUUUUAAUUGGUGCUAGUGUGAGGUGUAGACGUGCCUUAUAAACGGCUUUUCAACGCCAUGCCCAAAGUGUAUUCAGAGCAAGUUUCGAACAAUUUUACUGCAGUCUAUUCUUUUGAAUUAUAU